AUGGCUGACAUUUACAGCAAUGCGUACUUCACGAUUUCUGCCGCGGAAUCCGUCGAUUGCCACUACGGCAUCCUUAACCGGCGCGACGCCUCAAUUGAACAUAUCCAAGUUUGGCCGCCGCUUCCCGACCAGAAGGGAGAUGAGGUCAAGAUUUUCUACUCUGACGAACUUCUCCCUGGUCGUAUCUACGCUAGAAGGAUGUGGUCCCGUUACCAAAGACUUUGGCCUGUGGACAAACGUGCCUGGACAUUUCAAGAACGAAUCCUGUCGCCACGCGUGCUCUGCUACUCCCGGGACGAAAUUGUAUGGUCCUGUCGCUGUGCUACUGCGACUGAACUUUGGCCAUCGCUCGACCCAACUCCUGGCAUGGACGCUUUAGCUAAAGCACUGAGCUUCGAUAGUUUGUUUAAUAUCGACGAAGGGUCGUUUGUUGAAAUUAUGACUCUACUCCCCAGGUUCUUGGAUGCAGACGACAUUGAAGAAUACAUAUCAGAUCCAGAAAACAUCAAAGAGUACCUUUCGGACUUCUGGUGCAAGGUAGUCGAACAAUAUGCCACCCGCCAUUUAACUUUUCUUUCCGACAAACUUCCCGCCAUUUUCGGUAUUGCAACUGCUCUCCGCUCAGACCCAGUCAGAGCGCUCCUCCUAGGCGCUUACCAUUGGGGUAUCUUUGAGGGGACGCUGCCAAGGUCGCUUGCUUGGCAUACUAUACCCAGCGACAAGCGCCAGCUUUUUGAUCGGAGUAUCUCUACAAGCUGCCAAGCCCCUACGUGGUCGUGGGCCUCCGUCGAAUCUUAUGUAUUGUUCAUCUUCACUAGGUGGGAGUCUCGGGCGAAGGAUCAGUGCAAAUUGGUGGCCAUGAGUGAUGAUGAGAUCACGCUCAGGGGACGUGUGGUAACCACAGAAGUGGAGUGUAUAACCGAUAACGACCGCAUGAUUGGCUUUGGGCUACCGUUGUACAACUACGAUUGUAGCCGCAAAUUUGUGAGGGUGCUUUGGGAUAUGAGCACUGGCUUGGUAGCGCAGUUGCCCAAAGCCGUAACGUGUUUGCUUCUGGGAUAUGAAGAAUCGCACAUGCACGAUCUAGGCGGAUAUGCUCUGGUCCUAGUGCCUGUUGCCAUUCACGGACGGUCAGGAGUAUUUCAGCGUGUUGGUAUUGCUCAAAGAGUGAACCGUAGGUGCUUUGAAGGUGUUGAGGAAAUGGAAAUUACCAUUAUCUAA